AUGGCUGCCGCCAAACACCAGCCGUUCCUCAGCACUGGUGGCCCCCCCAAACCACCAGCCGUUCCUCAGCUCGGUCCUUCUUGUGCCCGCAAACAUUGCUGUGUCUUGUUCCAGCACCAGCAAACAUAUGGUGGCCCUCCCAACCACCAGCCGUUCCUCAGCUUGGUCCUCCUCAUGCCCGCGAGCCUUGCUGCGUCCUCUUCCAGCACCAGCGAACGUCAGGUAACCCCCCAAACCACCAGCCGUUCGUCAGCGCUGGUGGCCCCCCCCCGCAAACCACCUGCCGUUCCUCAGCUCGGUCCUUCUCGUGUCCCGCAAACAUUGCGUGCUUGUGUUCCAGCACCAGCAAACAUAUGGUGGCCCCCCCAAACCACCAACCAUUCCUCAGCUCAGUCCUCCUCAUGCUCACAAGCCUUGCCACGUCCUGUUCCAUCACCAGGGAACGUCCGGUGGCGCCCCCGCCCAAACCACCAAACGUUCCUCAGCUCAGUCCUCCUCGUGCCCGCAAGCCUUGCUGCGUCCUUUUCCAGCACCAGCGAACGUCCGGUGGCCCCCCAAAACCACCAGCUGUUCCUCAGCUCAGUCCUCCUCGUGCCCACAAGCCUUGCCGCGUCCUUUUCCGCACCAAUGAACAUCUGGUGGGGCCAGCACCAGCAAAUGUCUGGUGGCCCCCCCAAACCACCAGUCGUUCCUCAGCUCGGUCCUCCUCAUGCCCGCAAGCCUUGCUGCGUCCUGUUCCAGCACCAGGGAAUGUCCGGUGGCCCCCCCAAACCACCAGUCAUUCCUCAGCACUGGUGGCCCCCCCCAAACCACCAGCCGUUCCUCUGA